GAUCGUUGAUUAAUUACCCUAGCACAAAACACAACAAGCACAUCCACCGAUUAUGUUUAUGCUCAUCACCACAUCAACAUACCGGACUAACAUUAACCAUGCCAGCAUCAAACUAAUUUCCCGAGGGGGAAAUCAAGUCGAGCAGCCACCCUGGCGACGCCCCGGUACUCACUCUCCAAUCUCUUAUCGGCCAACGUCAACCAGAGCCGUGAGUGAUAAGACGAGGCGCGAUCGGUCAACCAAUAUAGCCGAUCGUCGCCCGCAGAUCGUCAUCAGUCACUGGUUUAGCGUAAAGGAGACCGCGUCGAUCGUCAACCCGUCAACUUUUCCGCCGGACGAUCGACCUCAGGAAGAAGUUUUGUUCGAGGAUUUUUGUGGUGAAAACCGUCUCACCAGUGAGGAAGAACAAGGCGUGGAAUAAUAACCGCACUGGAGUGCGAGGUGCCGCGACACCGUAAAUUGGUCGUGGUGGUGAGG